CCCGCGGAGCCCGCCCCGGGCCGCUGCCGCCGCUCCGCCGCCCCGUUUGCAAGCGAAACCGCUCCGCUGAUGACGCCGUUCCGCUCCUGCCGGCGACCCGGAAGCGCCGAGGCGCGGCCCGCCCCCUGACCCGGAAGCUCCUCCCCGCUGUCUUUCCGAGCCGGCCCUGCGAGGAGGAGACAUGCAAGAGGAGGGAGAGUGAGAGGGGAGGGUACGUUGGCAUCUGUCUGAUACUAGACUGGUGAAUAGGAAGAAGGUCCCAUCUCUGGCGUGUUUGUGGAAGCUGGGAUGAUGAAGGCCCUGCAGUGGGAGCGUGCUGUGGUGCAGGGUUGAAGCUCCAGCCCAUGUCUGGUAGUUAUAGAGCAAUUGGAAGGGUUACGAGCAGAGUUCUGGUAAAGAUGGAAGAAUCUCAUUUCAACUCCUCCCCGUACUUCUGGCCAGCGGUGCCCACCGUCUCGGGACAGAUUGAGAACACCAUGUUCAUUAACAAGAUGAAGGAGCAGCUAUUGCCCACAGAGAAGGGCUGCAGCCUGGCUCCCCCCCACUACCCUGCCUUGCUGACAGUCCCCACCUCUGUGGCCCUGCCCACUGGGAUCUCCAUGGACUCGGACACCAAGCCGGAGCAGCUGACACCACACAGCCAAGCCCCCGUGACUCAGAACAUCACCGUGGUACCAGUGCAGUCUGCUGGGCUCAUGACAGCAGGUCCUGGUCUGGUGAUAACUUCCCCGUCAGGUUCUCUGGUGACCACAGCCGCCUCUGCCCAGACCUUUCCCAUCUCAGCUCCCAUGAUUGUCUCUGCGCUACCCCCUGGCUCCCAGGCAGCCCUGCAGGUGGUUCCAGACCUGUCCAAGAAAGGGACAACCACCCUUGCAGAAGGUGGCGGGGCUGGGGGAGUUGCCCCCAAGCCACCCCGGGGCCGGAAGAAGAAACGAUUGCAGGAGUCGGGGCUGCCAGAGAUGAGCGACCCCUUUGUGCUGACAAACGAGGAUGAUGAGGACCAGCACAAGGAUGGCAAGACAUACAGUGGUUCCGUGAGCAGCGGAACUAAUGAUGCCUGGUUUCCAGCGGCUCUCUCCUGUGUGGAUUCUCUGAUGUCUAAUCAAGGGUGCCGGAUGUGUUCGCUGACCUUCUACUCCAAGUCGGAGAUGCAGAUCCACUCCAAGUCCCAUACGGAGACAAAGCCACACAAGUGUCCUCACUGCUCCAAGAGCUUCGCCAACAGCUCCUACCUGGCCCAGCACAUUCGUAUCCACUCAGGGGCCAAGCCCUACACGUGCAGCUACUGCCAGAAGGCCUUCCGCCAGCUCUCCCACCUGCAGCAGCACACACGGAUCCACUCCAAGCUCCACACGGCGAUUGUCAAGCCGCACAAGUGUCCUCACUGCUCCAAGAGCUUCGCCAACACAUCCUACCUGGCCCAGCACCUCCGCAUCCACUCGGGGGCCAAGCCCUACACCUGCCGCUACUGCCAGAAGGCCUUCCGCCAGCUCUCCCACCUGCAGCAGCACACACGUAUCCACACCGGGGACCGACCCUACAAAUGUGCUCACCCUGGGUGUGAAAAGGCUUUCACCCAGCUUUCCAACUUGCAGUCCCACAGACGGCAGCACAACAAAGACAAACCUUUCAAGUGCCACAACUGCCACCGUGCGUACACGGAUGCCGCCUCGUUGGAGGUACACCUGGCUACGCACACGGUGAAACACGCCAAGGUCUACACCUGCUCCAUCUGCAGCCGGGCCUACACCUCGGAGACGUACCUGAUGAAGCACAUGCGGAAACACAACAUCCCUGACCCACAGCAGCAGGUGGUUCAGGCACAAGCCCAGGCCUCGCAGCAGCAGCAGCACUUCCAGCCGCAGGGCGGGGGGGCAGCAGGGGGCCCUUCUGGAGACACUAACCAACCCAACCCUCCCCCCCAGUGCUCCUUUGACCUGACUCCUUACAAGACUUCAGAGCAUCACAAGGACAUCUGCCUCACUGUCAGCACCAGCGCCAUCCAAGUGGAGCACCUCUCCAGCUCCUAGAGAGACCUCAGCCCAGGGAGCAGAACGCCUCUUGUGCAUAGCCUGUGCCAGGGGCACCGCUUGUGCAGCGGCCCUCCUCGUGCAACAGUUUCCGGCCUCUCCUCCUGCAGCAGCCUCUCCUGGCUGUGUAACCCUGUUCAUGGCAGCCCCUUGCACAACAGCCUGUCUCAAGGGGGUGCUCCUUCUGUGCAACAGCCUGCCUGGUAGGAGGAUGCUUCCUUGUGCAAGAGCCCCUUUCCUGUGCUGGGAUCACUUCCUCAUGCAAGAGCCCCUCCUUUGAAACCCAAAGAAAGGCCCCUGUUUUGCCUUCUCUCUCACUGUAGGAUGUGUACGAAGCGGGGUUGCGUGCUGAGACGCGCAUGGUGGAUGGGAUGGAGAGAUGGCCCUUGUAUAUACAGGGGCUUGGACACAUGUUUUUAGCAGGCCACAGAAGAAUGUGGCAGGGUUCACAGCUGGAUGGGGUUCUUUGAGGAUUGCCUUGAGUGUCUAAGAGAGAAAUAUCCAUUCCUGUCCCUCCUGCUUGUGAAAGGGAGGGGGGGGUCGCUCGUCCUGCCCCAAGGACUGGGUGGGAGAAACCUUCUCCCCAGUGGAAGGUGAGACCAGUGGAGGGGGGAGAGGUGAGGCAUGUUCUCUGGGAUGGACAGGUGCCUACACUGCCUAAGGGCUGUAGAGUAUUGCAUUCUUUCUCCUCCCCUGGUGGAGAGCAGUAGAGAGGAGUCUGUCUGAACUGGCUGCUGCCUCUCUCUCACAGCUGUCUGAGCAGCACAGUGGCCCCGUAGGAAUGUGGGUUCCUGCUCAUUGCCCUUCCUGCCCGUUGUGGAUGAUAUCCUAGCAGCUUGUACUCCUCCUCCUCUCCCUCCUGCUUUUCUCCUCCUCAGAAAAGCCUGCAGGCAUCAACAACAAACCAAAAAGCAACUGGAGGGAGGGUAAGAGACUGCCAAAAUAAUCAUCACCCUUCUCUCUACUCCCUUUCCUGAAAGGUGGAAUGACAGCAGUUCUGACACACACCUGUCCUGCCCCCGGUUUCCCAAAGGGAAAGAGGAGGAGGAGGAGGAGGAGGAGGAGGAGGAGUAGACCAGUCUUUUCAAGGGGCUGGCAGGAAGCAGGGAAAGGCUAGCUUCUCCUGCUCAUCUCUUGCCAGAGUGCUCUCCCAGGCUCCCUCUUGCCAAGACGGGCUGGACUCACAUGGCAGUGGUGGCCUCUUCUGGACCCUGGUCAUGGGAGAGAAUCCCCAAAAGGUGGACAGUGGAGAGAAGGGGAUGAAGAUCCCCACAGAGAGACCAAUCUAAUGAGAAGGGGGAGCCAACAAGAAUAAACUGAAGGCCCCUUGAAUUUAUAUAUAUAUAUAUAUAAAUAUCUAUUCCCCACCCCUGGCCCGCUCUGUCCUUGCUGUAACUGUUUCUAUCUCUGUGUUUAUAAAACGCAUUAUCCUGGCGAAUUUUUAUUUUCAAUCUUCGUUUGUUUUUCCCUUUCUCUUCGUCUUCAAUUCUCCUUCCUCUUAUUUUUUUUUAAUUGGUCCACAUGACUGCUAGUCUUGUGUGUUACUUAUUAGUUUCUUUGGAUCAUGGAGGCUGACUUGGAAGAGAAUGAGAAGGCAAGGGAAAAAGCAUGUGUUGUUGGGUUUUAAAAUCAGUCACCCACCCAAAGCCUAUAGAAUCCCAGACUUCUGUAUGAACAACCAAUAGGGGCUUCUAUUUUAUUUUUUUUAACCACCCUGUAUAGAAAUAAAUUGGUGUAAAAGGCUCCUUGAAGGUGCUGCUGUGAGCAGCCUGCCCCUGUGACGUGUGUUCCUUCCCCCUGCAGGAGUCUGGCUGCCCUGAGUGUGGAGGGGCCGUGCGGGCAGGCGCGAGGGCGGCACGUCCCUGCCUUUGGCACAUCCCUGCCUUUGGCACAUCCCUGCCUUUGGCACAUCCCUGCCUUUGGCACAUCCCUGCCUUUGGCACUUUGCGGUUUGCACAAGGAAAGGAGGAGCUCUGCACCUGGGGAGCCUGUGGCAGAGCUUUUUCUCUGCAUUUAGUCACCAGGGUUGGCUGCAGACGGGUGGAGUGUUCGGUAGGUGCAUAGGCUAGGCUAGAAGGAGCUGUCUGGUUUGGCUCCUGCAUUUCACAGGUGACAUUUCAAUCCAUUUAGCCUGUACUGAGCCCCAAGAACUGAUCAGUACUUGAACUGUGUUGACAAAAUGCAUUGGCUUGAUUUUGAGGCACUGGGACAUAAAAUCUAUUGGUAGCCUGCUGCAAGGGCUUCAUGUUUCACUGUUUAAAUAUUUAAGCCAGAUUUCCCCUUGCUUUGGCUUCUGGUUCCUAGUUCUGGAAACAUUAAUCUCUCUGAUUCAGAGAGCCUGAAUUUUCCCCCCUAGACUUGCAUUUAAACACUCUAAUGUCUCUUCUCAAUCCACUUUUUGACAAGGUAAACAGAUAAAACUCUGUAAAUCUUCCACUGUAAGAGAUUUCUUCCAGCCUAUGAAUUACUCUUGUCUUUUCUUUCUACAUCUUGUCAAAGUUGUCAUUAUCUUAUAAACACAUUCAUUUUGGAAUUGAGUGUUGAAGCCCCAGUGCCAUGGAUGAGGUCCUCCUGGCUCUUUGCCUUAAGUCUGCAGAGGACUGCAUUUUCCCUCUUCUCACAGCGUUCUAGAGGAGCUCACAGUGGCUGUUUGUCUGCUCAAGUCUGAUCAUCCAGUCUUGGCUUUCCAUGACAGUAUUUUCCCUUCUCUACAGGUAUGCUCUGAGUUCUUGUUCCCUGGGGGCUUCUCGUGGGGCUGUGUCCAAGUGCAGCCUGUGUGAAUGGACCUGGCUGACUGAUGGACCAGGUUACUCACAGCUUUCAUAGCUCUGUCACCUGCAAACUGUAUCAGUUGUUAUUUUUACUUUCAGAUCCAGGUUGAAAUGCAAUAUUGCAUCUGACCUAUGCUAACUUGAAAAGCAUUGAGUGCAACUUCUCAUUAGCUUUCUUUUGAGACUUGUAGGCUGAGCAUUUCUUAAUCCUCUUAGUAUUUGAUUAUGUACAGUUUAUCUUUCUGACUUAUGGUGCUAGGUGAAUGCCUUAUAAAAAUUUAAGUAUGUUGCACCUAUGCAGUCCCCUUUAUUAAACCAAAUGUAUAAUGAUGUCAUCUAAGAAUGAAAUUAGGGUUUGGGGUUUUUUUUUGUUUGUUUUGUUUUUUUUUUUACUACAGAAUCUGUAUUUCGUAAAACCUUUGUGUUAUAGGCUUUAUUUUUUCCUUCACUAAUUCUUCAUCUCUACAAUUUUUCCAUAAUUUUGUUAUUGAGUCGCUUCCUUUGCCUUUUGGGAGUAUUGUCAUGAGUGUCUUAAGGUAUUUGUCUAAUAUCCCAAGUUUAAUUUAAAGAUCAGAAUCACUGGGCUAGAGAGCUAGUUACUAAACUCUUUCAGACCUUCUGUUUCUUUGCUGAUAUCAAAAUAUACAUCCCUAGCAGGUGUUGUCUCAUCUCCUACUUUGAUACUAUGGUACUAGAUAGAAGUUGCUAUUUUCAUAUGACUGCUACAUUCUGUUCCUUUCUUUAGAUGGAAUUGGAAGUAUUUCUUGACUGGUUUCUCCUGUUCUAUGUCACUAGCAUUUUUCACCAUUUUUAUCUAGCAUAGAUCAGUACUAUUAGUAAGGUUUCUUUCUUUAUUUUGUGAUUGAAAGGAAUGAAAGAGCAAAAUAUUCCUUUCCUUUUACCACUAGUUUUUCUAGUCACAAAGCUUUUCUUAAGAGUUUUCUCAAUUUUUAUAGUGUCUAAUUUAUGUUGGUUGCUGUCUGACCUUCACCUUUUCCAUCUAUUAUGUUUCUUCUUACAGGAGAGUUUAAUUCAUAUUCCUCUGCCUUCUUUCUUUUUUUUCCCAUGAACAGUUCAGUUUAUAGUUUUGCUCCCCAUGGAAGUUAUCAGACUCAGCACAGGUUUAUUACUGCUUGUGUCUCCUCUGCAUGUCCGUGUUCCGCACGGACAGGACAAAACUGCCAGCUUCGCUGAAGUUGUUCUCUCAUCUUGAAUGCAUCAUCUUGAAGUCUGAAAAAUUACUUGGUUUGGGUGCAGUGUCUUGAAUUAAGCUGGGAAGGCUUUAAAAGUCAGAGUAAGACCUUGCUGACUGGUUGAAUUCCCUGGGGAACAGCUCACAAGUUAAAAUUCUUUGCAAUGAUUUUUUUGGUUUAUAUGUUAAAGGUGUUUGAAAUCGCCUUUCCUGGUCCCUGGUUUGAGAUUUUGUUUUCUGCUGUCUGUUGCCCUUUCCCUUCUUGGAAUCUGAUACCUGGCAUGGGUAUCCAUAUGUGUUUGAGGCUGUACAAUUCCUGUUACCAGUCAUUUCAAAGGUGUUACUGUUCAUGUUUGUGCAGUUUGCUGCUGAGCCUAUAGAUUUUACUGUUGGCCAGGAAGAAACUAAUUAUUUCUUACUAAGGAACUCUCCCACUGAGCUUCAGAAAUACCACUUUAUUCUGGGCCUCCUUUUUUUCUUAUCAAUGAGAAUUUCUCUGUUUACCCCGUCCUCUUGCUGAUGUGGAAAUAAUUGAAGAUACCUUGCCCUCAUUAUCUCUGUCAUUAUUUGAGCUUGGAUUAGGUCUUCCUCUUUGGAUUCCCGUGGUUGUUUCACAUAUUCAGAGUGCUCCAGAUGGUUUAAAAAGUGCAGUAGCUACCUGUGAGACACAAAAUGUAUCAACUUGUACAAAAUUCCUCCCUCUCUAGAUGAAGCCUGAGGUUCUGCAGUCUGCAGCUGUGUGCACUCAAGCCAACAACGGUUCAAUUAUUUACCUCCCACUCACAGGAGUGGAAUAUUCGCUUAACAAGA